UAGAGUUUGGGUGUGAUGUCAUAAUAAAAAAGAAAUGUUUUACUGAAGUGUUCUAAAUUUGAUUUCUAAAUUAUACUAACACUAAAAAAAUAUAUUAAACACGAGACUUUCUAAUUAUCAAAGCCACCAAUUCAAUUUUUUUUAAUAUUUCUAUUGUUAUAAUUUUAAAAUGGAUCCUAUUGCAGUUUUGCAAAGUAGAAUUGAGCAGUUAGAAGCCAAAUUGGGUAUAAAUAAUAAUAUCCUUGUUGAGGGACAACAAGGGGACUCUGCGACGACAAAUCUACUUAAUGCAGCGCAAGCAAUGAACAAUGCCACGGCAGGUCAUGAGAAGCUUUCUGAGACCAGAAAUGUAGCGAGUGAACUAAAUAACUACACUGAUCCCAACUUGAUUGAGAACAUGCAACAAAAUGACAUGCACAUGCAUGAAGUACUUUCAGCAGAGCCUGUUAUCCAACAUCAUUGUCACUGUAUGCAUCGUUGUAAACAGGCUGCUCCGGUUCUGGAAUCAGAAUCUAUCCAGCAGGUGCCACAAAUGCAGACAACUGUAAACAAACUGCACAAGGCGGCUGCUCAAGUUAAGGCAGAAGCUGAUUCUGUAUCUCAUGGUAUUCAAGAGCUGGCUGAGACAUGUGGUGAGGCGGCAUCAUCUGCUUCAGAAAAAUUGGCAUCUGUUGCUCAAAAAGUAGAGCAAGUGGAAGAGAAGAUGUUCCCUAAAAGAAGAAAUGGUCUGGACUAAAUUUGGUCCAUAUUUCCUCGCUUAAAAUUGUUUAUUUAUUUAUUAUAAAUAUUGCAGUACCUUUUUAUUCGAAAUUAAAAGUAUUAUUUAAG